AUGGCCCUUCCAAGUCGAACAUGGCGGGGUGGCUGGAUUAAUAUUGGCUGGUACGGCAACCCCGUGCCUGGGUAUGCUCUAUGUCGAGAGGGCAAGACGGGCGAAACGACCACUGUAGAAGAUGCGAGAACGAUUCCGCAGGACCUUGGAGAUGACGACUGGAACAAAGAGAGGAGAAGGGUCGUUCCUAGACAUGCGUUUGAAAUUACAUAG